AUUAGUCAAAAAAAGAUGGAAAAAUGUGAUCGUCCAAAUAUAUGUAGAGCCUGUUUAACCGAAGACGGAAAAUUACAAUCUGUAUUUACUUCAGAAAUUAGUUCUGGACUGCCUUUACACAUUUCUGAAAUGAUAAGUUCUUGCACUUCAUUUGAGGUAUCCCUAGGGGAUGGCCUACCUGAUCAGAUCUGCACAGAAUGUGUCACUAGUACUGUUAAAAUGUAUCUUUUCAAACUAAAAUGUGAACAUAGUGAUAGAAUUUUGAAAGAACGGCUGAAAAAGGUUACUGUAGUCUAUCAGAAUGAUCUGGAAAACGAAAACAAUAAAAUCAAGGCAGAAACUGUUGAAUGUAAGGAUAUGGAAAUCAAUAAUGAAAUUCUGGACGAUUCAGAUAAAUUCGAUUUUGAUACAUGCAAACUUGAUAAUGAGGAUGAUACCCAACCAGUGUAUCCAGAAAAGGAAGAAUCAACACUCAAGGAAGAAAAAAUUAAGAAAUUCCAGUGUGACAUCUGCAACAAACGUUUCAGUAGGUAUGAUCUGCUCAUUCGCCAUAAGAUAGCUCAUGCCAUGAAGAUGGAGCAACAAAAUGUUCAAUAUGAUGGAACCUUCGAAAUGGAUGAUUGUCUUGAUGUGAAGCAUGAAGAGGUGGUGUUUACAUGUCUACAAUGUGACACUGUCUUCUCCAAUAAAGAAGAUCUGGACGUUCAUUUAAAGAAGCAUGUAAAACUGAAAAAGAUUAGUUGCAGUGCUUGUGGAAAAAAGUUUAGCAAAUCGGCACAUCUGAAUAGGCAUAUGAGGAACACUCAUAUCAGUGAGAAACAAUACAAGUGCACAAUGUGUGAUAAAGCUUUUCAUAGGGCUGAACAGUUGAAAAACCACAUGAAUGGUCAUACAGGGAUGAAACCUCAUGUCUGUGAUACUUGUUUCAAAGGUUUCAAUCAAAUUUCGAACUUGAAAGACCACAUGCGCACCCACAAUGGGGAGAAACCGUUCCUAUGUUCGACUUGUGGCAAAGGCUUCAAUCAACUGGGCAACCUUAGACAGCAUUCAGUCAGACAUAGUGGGGUGAAAGCUCAUCUCUGCAACACUUGCGGGAGCCGGUUUGCUAGCAAAGGAGAACUGUCUGCCCAUCUCAGGAAACACACAGGUGCGCGACCCUUCGUAUGCACAGUCUGUAAUCACGGUUUCACCACCUCUAGCUCCUUGACCAAACACAAACGGAUCCAUUCCGGGGAGAAGCCUUACGAAUGUGACACUUGCAAAAUGAAGUUUUCCCGUUCGGGAAUCCUGGCGCGACACAAAAGGACACACACUGGAGAAAAACCAUACAAAUGCAAGUACUGCGACAAGGCGUUCGCCCAAUCCAACGACAUGAUCUCGCACCAGCGCAUCCACACCGGCGAAAAACCCUUCAUUUGCGACGAGUGCGGCCAAGCCUUCCGCCAAAGUUCGGCCCUCAAGACGCACAAGAAGACGCACUCGAGCAGAGGCGCGGAGGAGGAGGAAGACGUGGAGGAGGAGGAGAGGGCGGGGCGCGGCAAGGUGAAGCCGAAGCCGAUCCUCGUCGCGGGGGUGUUCAACGCUGAUUUUUUGCCGGGGUUCUAGCGUUUCGGAACGGUGCGUUAUGGAAAGGUAGAGCUGCGAGGAAAUGUACUUGAUGAAAAAGUGAACAAAGAGAGGAUACCAUUGAGGAUAUUUCAUUUAAAUACAUUUGUUUCAGUAGGAAUAUGAAUAGAUGUUUACAUUUUGUAUUAUAUUAUUUCUAAGUAUUAUACAUUUUUAUUAUGUUGAUUAUUUUGUGCUCUCAUUCAGACUGUUUCUGAUUGUUUUUCACUGUGAAAGUAAUUGACUGUAACCAUUUUUAUACCAUAAUUUGUGAUAAUAUAUAUAUAUUUCCUACCCCUUCUACCUUAUUGUCAUUUUCAUUACUAUUAAAACCCACAAAUUAUGUAUAUUUUUUUGAGCAUAAAAAUAAUGAUCACUUGAAAAACUUUGCAGUCAUGAUAAUUUUGAGCUAAAAGGUAUACAAUCAAUGUGAGAAUACAGGCAC